UGAAAUAAAUAUUUAAUGUGUUGUGCAGCAGGUUUUGAUUGGCUGCCAUUAACAGUCCUGUUUAAUUAACCAGGAGCUAAUCACUUCCGCACAGAUCAGUUACUGAUCAUUAGCGCUUUAAUUCACAUUCAUUACUGCCAGUGCGUUUACAUGCACAGAGAGAGAAUCGAGUUUCUGCCGUUGCUCGACUGAAAUCGAAGUUCUAAAUGCCAUGUAUACUCCUUAAUCCGGCUGAAAUUGAACCGAACUGGAUUUCUCGGAAUCGAGCUACACGAUCUAGUUUAUGCGAUUGUAGCUGAGCUACUUAGUGCAUGUAAACCCUAUGGAGCACUUGCAUGUGACGUCACAGCCGAUCCAGAUUGUAACAGACGCCAUCUUGUCGGUCAAAUGCCAUAUUUCCGCCUUCUACUUCUGCCUCUACCUUUUCUUCUGGAAAACCCUACUAUAUACAAUUCUACUACAAUGGCUGCGUCUACAAGCUCUCCCUACCUGUGCACGUUGUUUGUGUGUAUUUUUGCGUGUUGUUCGUCUGUACCGGACUUCAAUAUCCACUACAACCGUAUGGACUUACUGGACAUUGGUUUCCAGCAGAAAAUGACGGUUUGUAGCGAUUUCCAUCGCAUGCACAACAUUCCGGACGAGAUAGCGAGACCAGCGGGGUCUCCGUGGAUUGUUAUCGGAAGCAAAGCGAAGGAGGCGGCGCCGGGAGCGGAAGCAAAAGCGAGGCUGCAGAGCCGGCCUGUUGGCUAAGCUCAGAAAACAGCCACUCAAAUCUCCACUGCCAAGCCUCUACCUCUCCAACGCCAGAUCCAUGGUAAACAAGACGGACGAUUUGGAAUUACAGCUGGAAUUACCUUAUUCUAUUCUAUAAUCGGCUGUAAAGAGGUGGAGAGCAUGAUGGAGGAGGAGGCGUGCGUGGGUGGAGAAGGAGAAGCGGUCCUGCAGCUCCACCUGCUCUGUGAUCCUCCAUCUUCCUGCACAAAGUCCGUGGGGACCGAUCUGUCUAUGGCUGAUAUCUCCCACCUCCACGCUGAAGUGCGUGAGCUCAGAGAGCUGGUGUCUGCGCUGGAGGAAACGCUGCAGCAGCAGAAAGCCAUCAGCGCACGUCAGGAGGUGACAGGAGCUGCACCAGCGUUGUGCUCCAUGUGUAAAGCUGAUCUCAGCACUGCAGAAGUGCGAGAUUCUGUCCAGAGCGUGUGUGAAGAGCGUGGAGCGUGUGAGGAGCGUGAAGUAGAGUACACGCCACACCCUCCUCUGAUGACGUGUUCAGUGAAGAUGGUGGACUUUAGGACCGUGGAGCUGAUCCCAACUGUUGUGCAUGAUGAAGACGGAGAACUGAACGCUCACAACGAGGAAGUAAAUCCUCCCGUUGACAGCGAUGAUGGGAGUUGGUCGCCUUCAUCCAAAAGACAAGACGCCGGAAAAAAACGCCAUGUUAAACUCAAAACCCAAACAAUAAAAGGCAUGGGGCCCAAGACAAGCUGUAAGGAACAAGGUUCCGAAGUGAAUGGAGACGUAAAGGAGACCUUGCCAGUGACUGAGGACUCUCAGAGCAAUCGCGGCAUUAGAGAGAGACUGUUCAAGUGCUCGCAGUGCGACAAAAGCUACAGUACAGCACCCAGCUUGCGGAAUCACAUGAAGAGACACGCUAAGGAGAUGAGCUUCUGCUGUGAGGAGUGCGGGAAGGGGUUCGUGACGUCAGCUGAGCUGAAGCUCCACACGAGUCGACACACAGGGGUCAGCAGCUUUGUGUGUGAGGUGUGUGGACAAAACCUAGCCGGCUCGUCAGGCCUCAAAGCGCACAUGCUGAUGCACAGUGACAAGAGACCGUUCCCCUGCAGGGAGUGUGGAAAAAUGUUCCGGACAAAGGGGAACCUCAAGGCCCACUUGAGGACACACACCGGAGAGAAGCCGUACCGCUGCUCAUACUGCGAGCGCACCUUCAGCCACGCACCACGCGUCAAGGUGCACGAGCGCUCGCAUACCAACGAGAAGCCAUUCAAAUGCCAAACCUGCGAAAAGACCUUCUCGCGCCUGGACAGCCUCCGAUCGCAUGAGACCAUCCACACGGGCCUGAAGCCGUACCAGUGCUCACACUGUGGGAAGAGCUUCCGACAAGCCAGUCACCUGCUUUGUCAUGAGAGGACGCACACCGGCGAGCGGCCGUACCUCUGCUCCGUCUGCGGGAAGAGCUUCUCCAGCCACGGACACUUCCGCAGCCACCGCCGUAUCCACACUGGCGAGCGGCCCUACCAGUGCACGGCGUGCGGCAAGAGUUUCAGGAAGCAGUUCACCCUACACCAGCACAGUAAGACGCACACCGGCGAGCGGCCGUACAAGUGCACGCAGUGUGACAAGCGCUUCGCCCGGACGUGCACGCUGAAGCAGCACCAGAGGAUGCACUCGGGGGAGAAGCCAUACCAGUGUGCCAUCUGCGGCGAGAAAUUCGCCUUCCUUAGCUCGCUACACCAACACCGGAAAAAACACGGCCAAGACGGCAUCUCCAGUGCUGCUAGGUCACAGUCCCUUGCUGCAAGGACUCCUCAGUAAUUUUACACGAAACACCGACAGACCGCAGCUCAGUGGGACAUUAGGAGGGAAAGGUUUGGUGCAGCCAUUUUAGUUUGAAGGAUGUUCAGGAGACUGUGUGCAAUAUACAACUCAUUACUGCUCUACAACCAGCCAGCAACCACACACCCCCGUACCUGCGUGUGUUUAAGACUUGGCUUUAAAAUAUUCCAGUUCUGUAAAUGGUCAUUUAUUUAUUAGAUAUUUUUUGUCUGUUGCUGAGAUAAUGUUUGUCGACAUCGAGUCAAAAAUCAGGUCUUUCUGUUGAUUGUGUAAAGCCUUAAUCAGAAAUGUCAAGCUGAUCGUGUUUAUAUUUGUCAGGAGUAAAUAAAUGAGUAAAUAAA